AUGGGUCGAUUCUACUCUAUCUCUGUGGCCUUAUUAGCGGCUACGGGGUCGUUUCUGUUUGGGUAUGAUAGUGGUGUUAUGACAGAUGUCAUUAUCUCGCCGAACUUCUUACGUUAUUUCAAUACUUCACAGACGUCGGCUAUUAUUGGGGCCAUCAAUAGCACGUACUCGGGCGGAGCGGUGAUCGGCUCUUUACAAGGCGGAUUGACAAUGGAUCGCUUCGGCCGCAAAUUCACUAUACAGCUGGGUGCCUUCAUCUGUUGCAUUGGCGCAACGCUGCAGGCGUCUGCACAGAAUUUAUCCAUGAUCCUAGUUGGCCGUAUACUAGCAGGCUGGGCUGUGGGAUUGAUGUCGAUGUCGGUGCCGGUCUACCAAGCCGAAUUCGCACAUCCACGAUCCCGAGGCUUGAUUGUUGGACUCUCGCAGCAGAUGAUUGGCAUUGGUUUCAUUGUCAGCACGUGGAUCGGAUACGGAUCUCUUCAUGCAUCAGAUUCGAGCGAGUUCCAGUGGCGCUUCCCAUUAGCUUUUCAAGUCGUACCUGCCUUGACUCUUGUCAUUGGCAUGAUAUUUCUUCCAGAGUCCCCUCGGUACCUCAUUGAGAAAGACAAAUUCUCGGAAGCGAUGCAAGUGCUCCGAAAGAUGCACUCGGAUGGAACAAAUGACGACUGGAUCGAGGCCGAGUACACCGGAAUCUGCAGGACCAUCGCGGCUGAAAAGUCCAUCGCAAUGCCUGGAUGGAUGCCCAUGUUCACGGUUCCACAAUGGCGCACACGCAUGCUCCACGGUCUCGCCGUUCAAGCAUUCACGCAAAUGACCGGAAUCAACGUGAUCAGCUACUACCAGACCAUCAUGUACCGAGCUCUCGGUUUCACGGGCUCUCGAAACACGCUCGUCGCAGGCCUCUAUAACUGCGUCGGCCCACUCGCCAAUCUCAUCUUUGUAGUCUAUUUGCUCGAUCGUGUCGGACGCCGCAAACCCAUGCUCUUCGGCACGAUCGGUAUCUCUUUAGCGCUGAUUUGCGAGGCGGCACUGAACUCACAAAAUCCGAACGGUGAGCGCAUCGGGUUCAGCAUUGGCGGGGUGUUUUUCCUUUUUGCCGUUUCGAUCAUCUUUUCAAUGUCCUUUGGGCCCUGCAGCUGGGUGUACAUGGCGGAGGUCAUGCCGAUGCAAAUUCGUGGCAAGGGCAACGCCUUCGCCGUCGCAGUCGGAAACUGGGGCGUAAGUACCCUGUGGAAUCAGGUGUCGCCUAUCGCGCUGGAUCGGCUAAAGUGGAGGUUUUAUUUUGUUUUUGUGGCGUGGAGUGAGUUUUUCUUCCCCCUUAGGUUCGAGCUGGGCUGA